AUGGCAAUUAGUGCUGAUGCAUUAGUUGAUGUUUUGAUGACAUUUGUUGAGUGGAAUGUGAUAUUACUUGUCGUACGGAUUUGGGCUGGCAAUGAAUAUGAUAGUGCAGUAAAAACCGUCGAACAAAUCGCUCAUGAGCUACCUGAAAUAAUUAAACUUGAGCUCAUGCAUGCACACAUAUAA